GGUUUCAGAAUGGAAGAUAAUAUCAAAUUCAACCCAGAUGAUGAUCUAUCCUCUCGCCUGGGUUAUUUUUCUUUAUCAGAAAGAGAAGUCAAUGUAGUCGAUAUAGCUCAGAGAGACAUUAAAAUGAGUGACGAUGAAUGUCAAAGGAGUCUGUUUGGCAAGGUAGUUGGCGAUAGAAUUGCGGGGUGGUUCGGAGUGAAAAGGGCGAUGUCUCAAAUUUGGAGGCUUAGCAAACCUAUGGAGGUCAAAGAGCUUAGCCCCACUUUUUUUCAGUUUAUCUUUCAGAGUCGAGAAGACAAGGAUAGGGUUGCAGGAGGAUCCAAUUGGAGCUUCGAAAAUCAAUACCUGAUACUCAGUGAAUGGGCAAGGGGCAUCAACACCAACCAUCCUUGCUUUAAAGAAAUCAAGCUCUGGGCUCAGGUUACCAACCUUCCAUUAAAUUGGUUAAGCACAGAGGUGGGUCUUAAGAUUGGUACCGUGUUUGAGGAGGUUAGUAAUGUAGUCAUAGCAAAUACAGGCAGCCAUGGAAGUAAAUUCUUAAGGCUUUUGGUUACUCUUAAUUUGGAUGAGCCUGUUCCUAGAAUUGCAAACAUCAGGUUGGGGGAAGAUGUGGUCAGUGUCGGAUUCAAGUAUGAGAAACUCAUGAGCCUCUGUCAUUACUGUGGAAAAAUUGGCCAUCUAGACAGAACGUGUCAGAUCAGAAUUCAAGACAUUAAAUCCAAACAGCUCAGGGAGGGACAAUAUGGAGACUGGCUGAGGGCAACUGAAGGAUUGAGAUGGGGAGGUUCUACAUCUGGGAAUAGAAACUCACCUCCUCCUAAUUCCCCAUCAACAGCUGAACAAGGGACAUCUCACAGAGCUUCUACCAGCCAAACUGGAAAUAGCAAUCAGCUAAUACCUGCUCCUGAAUCUUCUCAACUCCCAGAAGAACAAAUAGAGGAAGUUGCUGACGUCAUUCCAUCUUCAAGGCAAUUAGAUUCUACACAAUCCUUUUCUUCAUCUAACAGAGCUGCAAAAGAGACUAGGACCCUGGUUAUUUCAGAACCGGCUAGCAAGAAAAUUCUGACUAUGAUGGAUGUGAAAGAGCAAGCUAUCACAGACAAGGUGACCUUUUCUCUGUGCCAUGGAGCAGUUGCUAAAUCCUUAUGGGCUCCCCUUAAGACUUGGAAAAGAAUGGGGACCAAAUCAGGAAGACUUCAGAGAGAGCAAGAUACUCCAAUAGAGAUUGAUAGCAUCUCUGGCACCAAGAGGACUUCCUCUGAAACUGAUCUUCUAAUGUCAGGCAAAGACUCUAAAAUCCAGAAGCAAGGUGAUAUCUUAAAUAAAGUUUCUAAUUCUGAAAAGGUGGGGGUUGCCAGCCUAGAAUGGCACCCAACUGAUCAAU